AUGAGGAGCGUGGAGGAGAGGCUGGCGCAGUUCCGAAGGAACGCUGGAAGGCCGCCGCCGCCGGACACGAGGGCGCUGGGAUUCGAAAUCUGGUGCGGUGAUUGGAUAAGUGUGGGUGCGCUGCACUCGUCUUCCGGGAAUCUGCACUUCAUCUAUGCACGACAAAAAUUAGAGACACGCGGCAUGAAUUUGGCACGGGCACAGUGCAGCGCGGCACGCCAAGCAGUUGAUUGUUUGCUUGAGAUGGCAGCGAGAUGCAUCGAAGUCUUAUCGGCGAUGGACAAGGAUGCUGACAGUUGCCCUUCCGUCUCGCCAGCAGAGGUUGAUGCGCCGACAGGCGUUGUACAGGUGCCGAUCCAGGCCUCCUGGCCAUGGUCAUCGAUGUAUGAGCGCGCCCCGCGUCUCUGCCUCGUAUCCAUAGCACUGUCGUGGCUGCUUCUUCAGUUAUACUUCUCGUACAUUCAGUUUGGCCUUGUUUUCUUUGUACUUUCGUUGUUCGUGUGCAUAUUUCUCAAUUUGGGGAAGCGUAGGGCUGGCGAAUUAAGUGCCUAUUCUGUUUUCAAUCCACACUGUGAACGGUUGCCUGGUACGCUCACCGCGGAGCAGCUUGAGAGGGAUUUGUUAUUGCAGCAAAGACCUUAA